CGCCACGAGUCGAACAAAAUAAUAUUUCCUCAGUUUAUCUUUGCAGUUUAUUUGACUCGGUGCUCCGGUAAAGACUAUUCGAAAUGCCUAAGACCACUUUGACCUACUUCCCGUUGAAGGCUCUGGGUGAGCAUCUUCGUCUGCUCCUCGCUUACGGAGGAGAGGACUUCGAGGAUGUCCGCCUAGACAGGGAGCAGUUCAUGCUCAUCAAGUCGACGACCCCCUUCGGUCAGCUGCCUGUCCUCGAGAUGAACGGGCGCAAGCUGGCGCAGAGCACUGCCCUCGCGCGCUACCUCGGCCGCAAGUACGGCAUCGCCGGGGCCAACGCUGACGAGGACUUGGAGAUCGACCAGCACGUGGACUUCGUGCACGACAUCCGCUCCAAGGCCGGCACCGUCCAAUACGAGGACCACGAAGAAGUGAGAGAGAAGAAGCACGCUGAACUGUCCAAGAACUUUUACCCAGUAGCCCUGGAGAAGCUGGACGCUAUCAUCAAGAAGAAUAACGGACAUCUUGCUCUUGGCAAGCUCACAUGGGGCGACUUCCUAUUCGCUGGCGUAAUCGACUAUGUUAAGCACAUGAUGCGUAUGGACGACCUCUACACCAAGUACCCAAGCUUCAAGCAGCUGAGAGACACCGUGUAUGGUCUGCCCAAGGUCAAGGAGUUCAGCCAGAAGUGCCCCCCGUGUGACUUCUAGACGCAGCAGUGUCAUCUAGCAAUGGUCAAAAUGGCGAGGCGAGUCACAACAAAUUAU